GCUGCUAUCUGGCAGAUACCCAUCUGAUAGUGAGAUUCCGCUUUCAGAAUGUGAUCAUGAUGAUUAUUUUGUCAAUGAUUUUGAAAAUCCGUAUUUGCUCGUUAUUCUACCCAUUUGCCUCACGAACAUAAUCGUGGGACCGAAGAAACCAAGCUUCACCUGCACUAUCCACUCAAAGCAAAAUGGAUGACCCGCAGAUUCCGUUGUUAACCAGUGACGAACCUCGCCGACCUGAACAUCGGCCGACAUUGUCGGCUUUGUCGGUCGCCUCGAUCAAGAUUAUCAGGGUUCCCAAGGUCCACAGCAGUGACACUAUCGUGUUCCUUCUAUGUGGCAUCAUUUUAGUGGCGUCAACUUCUAGCGGGUUCGCCAGCAUCCCGUUUACGAGGAUCGUAGAGCACAUCCUCUGCCGCCAGUACUACGACCAGGUGAACGUCGAUGGAGGGCCAAUUGACGAGAAAUUCUGCAAGACUGAAAGCAUUCAGUCAAAGAUGGCUUUUAUCUUUGCCAUCGCUGGGAUGCUUGAUUCUGUUGUUGAGUUUUUUGCUGCCUUUCCAUGGGGAAUUGCAGCGGACAGAUUUGGUCGUAAGCCAGUAUUUGCCCUUGGGCUCAUUGGAUUGACCCUGAAUCUGAUAUGGGCGGUUCUGGUGCUCUGGUUUGAUAAGAUAUUCCCCGUUCAGUUGAUGUGGCUAGGUUCUGUAUGCCUGCUUCUUGGGGGUGGCAACGCUGUUCUCCCAGCAGUGUUGUUGACUAUGGUGAGUGACGUGGUACCUGAAGAGAAGAGAGCUGUGGCUUUCCUACGUACACAUGUUGCAUCUUUGGUUGGCAACCUAAUGUCUCCAACUCUCGCGUCACUCAUGAUGCAAAUAACUGGUCCGUGGCCAACGUUAAUGGUCGCAGUGGUCUGUCUGCUUUCAGCCGCUAUUGCGUUUCUCUUCAUCCCGGAGACCAGUAAGUACGAGGACUCUCACACCGAUGAGGGACUAGACCAGCCUGCCAGCUUCAAAGUCCACCUGCAGCACAGCUUCAGCCAUCUGAAAGAGUCUCUGUCAAUCCUGAAGAAUCCAUCGUUGAUUCUGCUCUUACUCACUGCCUUGGGCUCAUUCCCUAUCACACAAGCCGUGCUCCAAUUUAUGGUGCAGUUCGUUUCCAAGAGGUACAACAUUGCAAUCAAAUACACGGGCUAUAUCCAAACUAUAUAUGGCGUCGCCCAGACCCUUCAAGCCCUUGUGGUCAUUCCGUGGAUCUCACGCUGGCUCUUGAAAGACUCGACGCUUUCACCGUUUCAUAUGACAAACGAACACAUAAGAGACCUGACACUCGCACGCUGGUCAUUCGGCAUUAUUGCCGUGGGUGCCCUUAUCCUCGGCGUGGCCCCCAGUCUUGGCUUGUUCGUAUUUGGAUUAAUAGUACUCGCCGUGGGCUCCGCGUAUAAUAGUCUAACUCGGAGUUUGAUGACUCUGUACAUCGACCCAGAACAUCGAUCUCGGCUUUUCAGUGUGGUCGGUAUGAUUGAAGUCGUCGGGGCAUUCUAUUCCAGACCGAUGUUAGCAGGGCUUUUCUCGCUUGGCAUGAAGCUAGGAGGUGGAUGGAUCGGCAUGCCAUACUACGCGCUGGCGAUUUUUUGUGCCACUAUGGUUGUAAUUCUUCUGUUUGUAAGACUUCCUAAGCAGGACGAGUACGUACACGAAGACUGAGCUAUACAUUGAGGCUCGACUCCCUUCAGCCAGAACUGAACAUACACAGAAAGAACUAGUCCAUUUAUUAUCAUUAGUCGCAUCAGUCACGGAACUCAGGAUAAACGAUAGCAUAUUUCCCGAGUUCAUGUGGAAAAGAUUUCACUUGUGUGGUAAACCAACUCUAACUCAUGACUUAAAAUAUCCAC